AAUCAACAUCCCUCGGAAACCCUUUAUCUUUGGGAGCCUUAUCUCUUGUUGUAGCGCCGAAGCCCCGAAACCAUGUCUACCUCCGCCGCUUCCUUAGCCCUUCCUACAUUCACCUCAGGGUUCCGGUCACUUAACUUUGCCAGACAAGCCUUGUUCUUUCCACAUUCUGAAUCUUCCUCGUCUCUCCGGUUGAAUUCGAAGCCCCUUUCUUUGUCUGUCUCUUUUCUUCCAUUCCACGCGCCUUCUGCCUCUCGAUUUAUCCCCAAUGUUGCUCUCUCUUCUGAGUUCGAACAAGAGGAGAUGGUGACUGAUGAAGACGAGCCUAGCUACUCCCCCGACCUCAAACUCUUCGUGGGUAAUCUUCCCUUCAGCGUUGACAGUGCCCAACUCGCUGAAUUGUUCGAGAGCGCUGGAACUGUCGAGAUGGUUGAGGUAAUUUAUGAUAAAGUGACCGGAAGAAGCAGGGGGUUUGGUUUUGUGACCAUGUCCACCUCCGAGGAAGUUGAAGCAGCCGCUCAACAAUUCAAUGGCUACGAACUUGAUGGGCGGGCAUUGAGAGUAAAUUUUGGACCUCCUCCCCGGAAGGAGAAUGCCCCCUUCAGAGGUUCCAGAGGUGGCUUUGCUUCGGAUACUGGAAACCGUGUUCAUGUCGGUAAUCUUGCAUGGGGUGUAGAUAACUUGGCGCUUGAGAAUCUGUUUGCUGAGCAGGGAAAGGUUUUAGAAGCGAAGGUGAUUUAUGACAGAGAGAGUGGAAGGUCAAGAGGAUUUGGAUUUGUGACUUACAGCAGUGCUGAAGAGGUCAGCGGUGCUAUUGAGUCCUUAGAUGGUGUGGACUUGAAUGGCAGAGCUAUUAGAGUGUCAUUAGCUGAUGCCAAGCCAAGGCGUCCGUUUUGAAUAUUCAACCACUAAUAUGUAGCUGGCGAAGCAAUCGCUCCAUCUGGGCCUAUCAAAUAGGUGCCGUUUGAUUUUAAUGCAGUGAUGCCUUGAAAGAUCGAACUGUGGAGCUUUCUGCUAUUCUUUCUCGUCAAUCUAUAUUGUGGGUUCUUGGUAUCUGCUUAAAACUGCGACUGGUUGUUGGGGGAUUUACGUGGACGCGGGUGCACUUUAUUUGAUAUUUUCCCACAGUUUGCUAAAAGCACUACUCGCUUUGCAACUGGGUGCUCAUGUGUUGCCCGAGGAGUUGAUUAGUGUCUCUUUUUGAAGUUUGAUUGUAUUCGCAAAUAUAAACCAUUUUGCUUGUGUUCGUAGAUGAGUGUUGUGAUAUCUUGGCUACCUGUGAUAUUGUAGAAGGAUUUUAUUUCUGCACAGUUGCAAGGAGAAUUAUUUACUGCUGAAACUGUAAAUCCAUUUAUUUGGUUGCCGAGGAGUGCACCUCGUCUGCGAACUUUGUGACGACAAUUCUAGUCGAGUUUGGGAGUGAGAAUUCUUUAACA